AUGGCUAGCGAUUCCGAAACAACUCCUCUUGUCAGAGUGCAUUCUACCCUUGUCGACGAACUUCCAUCCAGACGUAUCAGGAUUAUUCAGGUGGUCUGCGCCAUGACCUGGUGUCUUUUCGCCGCAGGUCCUAUAUUCGGCUUUGCUGCUCUCAAGCCUGUUCUUAUCUCUGAGGGUGUCUAUAAAGAUCUUUGUCCUGUGGAUGUCUUGUCAUCUUCAGACAUCUGCGUCGAAAGAGACUUGAAAUUGAACUUCAUGUUCACUUUAGCUGCUGUUGUUACUAAUGCUACCGCUUUUAUUGUUGGCCGUGUGCUUGAUACUUAUGGCCCUCGUAUUACAGGCAUAGUAGGUUCCUUUGUCAUUUUUGGGGGUGCUGUAUUAUUGGCCAGUGGUAGCAGAAUUACCCUGUUCGAUUCUUACUUGUCUGGCUAUGUUACUAUGGCAUUUGGUGGUCCCUUUGUGUUCAUAAGUUGCUUCCAAUUGGCCAAUUCUUUUCCUGGUCAUUCGGGUUUGGUCUUAGCCUUACUUACAGGUUCCUUCGAUACAAGUUCGGCAUUGUUCAUGUUUUAUAGAGUCAUCUAUCAAAACAACUACGUCAAGAACUUGUCCUUAAACAAGUUUUUUACUGCCUAUUUGAUCGUCCCUGUCUUUAUUCUUGUCUGCCAGCUCACUAUCAUGCCUAAAAAUUCCUAUAAAACAGUGGAGACAUUGGCCAGGAUAGGAAAAACCGGUAUUGAUGAAACUGGCCUUCCAGUCGAUUCUGAAGAUUCAAGAUAUGAUCCUCAAGAGGUCAACGAAUUGGAAAGAACUAGAUCGCAUCUUUCUAUUAGAUCUUCCAAAUCUGUCUUUGAAGAGAUCGCUGACAAACAACUAAAUGACAAGUCUGGAGGAGUGCAUGGUGUUUUACAUGGUAAGCAAGUCAAAGAGCAGCUAAAGACACCUUGGUUCUACCUCAUGUGUCUCUUCACUACCAUUCAAAUGCUUAGAAUCAACUACUUCCUAGCUACUAUUCGCUCUCAAAUGACUUGGUAUUUUGACAGUGAACUUACUGCUAUCAAGAUCAAUAAGUUGUUCGAUAUUGCGUUGCCGCUGGGUGGUGUUCUAUCCAUUCCAUUCAUUGGAUUAAUUUUAGACAACCUAAAGACCCUUACAACUCUUCAUAUUCUUUUGAUAGUAUCCGCUUUGAUUGGUUUGGCCGGUAUGACAUCCAGUAUUUUCCUUCAGGUAGCUGGCAUCUGCGUUUUGGUUCUUUAUAGACCUUUUUAUUAUACUGCUGUGUCCGAUUAUUGUGCUAAAGUGUUUGGAUUCGAGACUUUCGGAACCGUUUAUGGAACCAUCAUAUGCUUUUCCGGUAUAUGCAACUUGCUUCAAAGUUACCUAGACAAAUUAACUCAUUUUUCCUUUCAUAUGGAUCCUAAUCCUGUCAAUGGUUUGCUUUUAGGUCUAACUAUUCUUUUUGGAGGCUCUAUGUUAGGAUAUGUCAAAGGCCAGGAGAGAAAGAUCAAGCGUCAGGCUAUAAUCUCAGAGGCUUUGGCUGGUGCUGAAUGA